UUUAUUAUUUCUCUUUGGUCAUGUCGACGUCGAAUUCGAGUCUCUUCCAGUGAUCCUCCCGAACUCAUAGUGAAUAGGAAUCAUUUUAAGUCGGAUCUCAAGUGAGAAAAGUGAUGUGUGUAGCGUGUUGAGUGCGAGAACAGCUGCACAACUGCAGCCAUGGUCGUCAAUUGACCAACGGCAGCUGUAGAAUGUAUCCGCAGAGUCCGUUGCCGCGCCACAUCACUGCUAUCUACAUGGUGGCCAUCGUGAGCCUGGUCAUCCUGUGUCAUGCCGCCCUGGCUGGCGCUGACGUGCUUGUCUUCAACCGCAAAACACACGAGCCCAUUGAAGAUCUCGCGUUCCGUGACCUCCCCGCCAGGUUUGGCGAAAGGCUUCCUUUUGAGGGAUUGAAGGGGUUGUUGGUCUACUCAAAUCCUCCAAGUGGAUGCCCCUCCCUGAGUCCACCGCCUGACAAUUUGAACUACACAGGCAAGUGGAUCGCCCUGAUCAGAAGGUAUGACUGCAACUUUGAAGACAAGGUACGCCAUGCCCAGCGUGUUGGCUAUGACGCAGUCAUCGUCCACAAUGUCAACUCUAGCGAAAUUGAAAUCAUGUCGGCCAAUUACUCUGCUGAUAUUUACAUCCCAUCUGUGUUCGUGAGCGAGGAGGCUGGAUGGCUGCUGAGAGAUAGUUAUCAGUUUGAUAGCGAAUAUUAUAUUCUCAUAAAUGACGAUCUCCCUUUCGACAUCAACACACAUUUGCUUCUGCCUUUUGCAGUAGUUGUAGGGGUAUGCUUUUUAGUAACCUUAGCGUUCGCGAUCGUCAAGUGUGUAAAAGACUACAGAAGAGGGCAACGCCACAGAUUGCCUACCUCGUCCCUUCGUCAGAUUCCAACUUCCAAGUUUGUGAAAGGAGACCCUUAUGAAACUUGUGCCAUUUGCUUGGAGGACUACAUUGACGGGGACAAACUGAGAAUACUGCCAUGCUCUCAUGCUUACCACAGUAAGUGCAUCGAUCCAUGGCUGACCAAGUCACGCCGAGUUUGCCCAGUGUGCAAACGGAAGGUUUUUGCACGAGAUGAGAGGGUAAUGUCGGACACGGACAGUGACACUGAAGAUGAGAACACUCCCUUAGUACGUUCUCCUUCCAAUCCUGGAACAACUGGAGGCACUUUUUCUAGACAGAGAGACAAUCCAUUCCGCCGGGCCAUGAGACGACGGGACAGACGCGGGAACACUUCCUCUGAGGACAGCACUUCAGUUUCCUCAGCAGAAGGCAGCACCACAGCACCUGCACCAGCAGAAACUGCAAACCAAGGCCAGACAAGCAGUUCAGACAGAGAGCUUACCACCACAAACGCACCAAGUGAGCACUCAAUCAACAGCGAGCAGUGCGUCCCGGCCAUAAUCGUGGUGACCUCUGAAGUGCCUGUUGCAAGCACCUCAGCCGCAGCCAGAGGACCUGUGGAGAUUGGCCAUGAAGUGAACCCUGAAGCUGAAGCACAGCCUGAGGAUCAGUCGAGCAGGAGAAAUGACGUUAUCGUCUAAAUAAAAAACAGGUCUUUCUUCACAACACCUUAGAGCUGUGUGAUUACGUUUUCUUUAAUGUUGAGAAGAUGUGUGUAAAUCCCUCUCAUUAGUUGGGGCACAAGCCUGAUUGGUUUCAAAGAUAUCAGUUGUUGACCUUGUGAGAAGCACCGGAAAGUGCUGGACUAGUCUGAUUCAAACACACAUUGAGAUGAAAGAAAUCCCUCUUAACCAACUCUCUGUAACACUAACCUUCUCGUCUUGUCCUUUAGUUGCCAAAUGUAUAGUACAACCUUUCAUAACUGGAAAAUGUGUUUAGUUGUAGUUUUUCGCUUUGCCCCCUUUCCCAAUGGAUUGACUCCAUGUGAGAGACCAGUGAGUGCACGUAAAACAAUCAAGGCAGCAAAAGAAUGAGGCACCCGAGAAGAGGGCGCCCAUUAUUUUGAAAAUGAAAGGUGGCCCCUUCUUGAGUCUUGAGAGUAAAUGGUGAAGGUGCUCGGUGAUUCUGAUAGUGAUCAAUUUUAUUAAAGUGAUUAAUUAUUAACUUGUAUAAAAUUGAUAGUUUUAUGUUUGUUACCUUUCUUGCAUGCAAUUUAAAUUUUUGUGAAGAUCGGCUCAAGUGGACCAUAGUUACAAUACCAAGCUGUCCUAUUAUGCCCAGAAAAAAAUACUAAGUUCUCAAUGUACAUGGCUUUUUCCGCUGAGGUUCAAGUUACUCUUCAUUCACAAGUCCGUAAAAUUUUAUUGAUUUCCUGUAUUGUGAUAAUCACAGUUUUAAGCAAAUUUACAGUCGUUUAAAAUUGGAACAAAAUGCUAUGUGCUUAUUACUCAUAUUUAAAACAGCAUAUUAUAUUAUAAUUAAAUGACUAAUUUAAGGCCUUGUUGAAAUACAAACUUGCAGCUAGUUUGUCACCAAUUUUCUAUAAUCAUUAAAGAGUUGAAAAACAACUUGCCUAAUCUGAAUGGAAGAAAAUUUCAGCAGUUAUUUUAAAAGGAAGUAAAUGUUAUUAAAUGCAAACUUCUUUGUACCAUGAUUGCUAAUGAGAAAAUAAACGUUCAAAUGUUGUAAAUAGACUUA